UCCGGGGGCGGGUCCAUGCCCCCCCAUCCCGGGGGCCGCUCUCCCCGCCCCCCCGCCCGGGGGUUGGGCUUCCUGGGUCAGCGCCGCGGCUGCAUCCGCGCCCGGCCCCGCUGCUGCGCCCGGCCCGGGCGGGGGGAGCCCGGGGGCCGCGCUGGGCUGGAGCCGCCCCUGGGCCGCGCAGCGCCGAGCUCCGCCGGGGGAGCUGCUGAGCCGGGGCCGGCAGGAUUUCUCAUCCCUGGGCCGGACGCGCUCUCCCGGAUGGAGCGAGGGGCAGAGCGGUGGGUCCCGGGUCCCCGGGGUGCUGAGGAGACCCCGAGAGACGCCCGCACAGCCGAGGGGCUGAUGAGUGAGACUGAGGAGAGUCCCAAACAGGACGGUCCGGAGCCAGCAGAACUGUAUGGGACGUUACCGGGAAGUUCCCAGAGUCCUCAGCGGGGAGUGGCCUGCGAGCAUCAGGAGGCAGAGAGACCGGGCGAGCCCGCGCCGUACGGGGCGGAUUUAACGGGCCCCCACAGGACCGCGGCCCAGCCCAGAGCCUCCCUGGGAGACAGACUCUUCACCUGCCCCGAGUGCGGGAAGGGCUUCGGCCAGAGCGCGCACCUGCUCCGGCACCAGACCGUGCACACCGGGGAGCGGCCCUACAAGUGCCCCGAGUGCGGGAAGGGCUUCAGCCAGAGCUCGGACCUGACCACGCACCGGCGCAUCCACACGGGCGAGGAGCCCUACGCCUGCGCCGAGUGCGGCAAGCGCUUUGCCCAGAGCUCCAACCUAAUCCGGCACCAGCGCACCCACACGGCCGAGACCCCCUACCGCUGCCCCGACUGCGGCAAGCGCUUCCGCCGCACCUCCCACCUGGCCAUGCACCGGCGCGUCCACACCGGGGAGCGGCCCUACCGCUGCCCCGACUGCGGCAAGCGCUUCAGCCACAGCUCCCACCUGCACCGGCACCGGCGCGUCCACACGGGCGAGCGGCCCCACCGCUGCCCCGAGUGCGGGAAGGGCUUCGGCGUCAAGUCCACCCUGGUGACGCACCGGCGGGUCCACACGGCCGAGCGGCCCUACGCCUGCGCCGAGUGCGGCCGGGCCUUCGCCCAGAGCUCCACCCUCAACCGGCACCGGCGCACCCACGCGGCCGAGCGGCCCUACCGCUGCCCCGAGUGCGGCAAGCGCUUCCUCCAGAGCUCCAACCUGGUCACCCACCUGAUUCUGCACACGGGCGAGCGCCCCUUCCACUGCCCCCGCUGCCAGAAAACCUUCAGCCAGAGCUCCAACCUCAGCCGCCACCAGAGGACCCACGCCGGGCCCCGAGCCUGCCCCUGCCCCGAGUGCGGGGAGAGCGUCCAGCGCGGCGCCGGCCUCUCCGCCCACCAGAGACGCCACGCGGGGCCGGAGACCCCCUCGCCGCCCUGCUAGGGUCCCCUGGUCCCCGCCCACCAGAGACGCCACGCGGGGCAGGAGACCCCCUCGCCGCCCUGCUAGGGUCCCCUGGUCCCCGCCCACCAGAGACGCCACGCGGGGCAGGAGACCCCCUCGCCGCCCUGCUAGGGCCGGCCAGAGUGAGGGGUGCGCUCCCCUAUUCCCUCACGUCUCACCCCAUCCCUGCUAGCCGCUGAUCAGACCCCUCCUCUGGCUCUGCCAAGCCCAGGCAUCCCAGAUCAGCUCCUUAUCACGGCUGGGUCCCGGAACCUGCCACCUCCCUCUGAUUCCCCAGCCAUGGAAAACACGGGGGCUGCAUCCUGCCCGGCUGGAGCCGUGUCCUGGGGGGCGCUGCCCUCUCCCUUUGGUGCUCCCCAGGGAGCUGGGUGCUGGGGUGGCUCGCAUGUGAUGGGCUGUGCCGGGGCUUGGCUGGUAGGACGGAGAGCCAGUCCCACUCGCUCUCAUUUCCCCGUGUCUCCCCAAGGAGCGUGGCACUGUGCACCCUGUCAAUGGUACCCCAGAGCCCUUGUCAGAGCUCCCUGCUGCCUGGGGGACUUGGCAAGUGCUGUCACCCCCUUCCUGGCUGUAUUUAACAAGCUCUAUUUAUGAUGAGGCGUUCCAUUCUAGUUCAGUGGAUAAAAGGCCGAUGACGUCGUCCCGGGAUGGCCGAGGCCGCCUGACCGGGCCAGGAGUCCAGCCAGGUCUCUCCUGCGCAUCCCUUUGCCUCAUUUCUCCUCUUCCCCCUCCCCAGAGAGUUCAGUGCUGGAUGGACCCUGCAAGUGAUCAAUAAACCAUGUAGAAAAGACCAGGAGUCGCUGCGUCGGGAAGCUCCAGGGUUUCUGUCGGCUGAGGGUGAGAGUCACGGACCGGGAGUGAGAGGCUGAGAGGGGUGUGUUUGGGGGGACCAUGAGUCCCUGAUCCCGGCAGUGUGGGGAGGUAGGGGCAGGCAGGGAGCAUGGGAGGAUGGCGGUACAGGGCUGGGGGCUGCGGGGUUUCUGUUGGCUGAGGGUGAGAGUCAUGGACUGAGAGCUAGCAGCUGACCCAGAGGGGAUGGGGGGGGCUGCGAGUCCCUCAUCCCUGCAGUGGCAGGGAGGUAGGGGCAGGCAGGGAGUGUGGGAGGACGGAGGUACAGGGCUGGGGGCGGCAGGGUUUGUUUCUCAGAUCCGGUGGCCGAGGCUGUGAAUGCUUUGCAUUGGGGAGGGAUGGGAGGCAGCUGAUGAGUGUCUGAUGGAAUUGUGCUGAUGCCAGAGGGAUGAAACAGGCGCCCCCAGGAUGGGAGGGGGCGUCUCCUGAUUGCUGGGACCCUGAGCAGGGCUGAGGUUUCCCCCCCCCGAGCUGGACCUGUAGCCAGGCCAAGCCUGUCACUGAUGGGAGGGGAAGAAGAGGGGCCCAGCAGCCCCAGCUGGUCCCUCCCGCCCUGGCAGGGAUGGCAGAGACAGUCUGUCACCCCCACAGGCAGAGCUGGAAACUCCGGGGGGAUCAAAGCCUCUGCCAGGAUUGGAAAAGCUGAUGCUGUCUGUGUUGCUGGUGGAUGAAGGGUUAAUGCAGCAGUGCCCAAUGGCUGCAGCGUGUGGGGCUAGCAGUGCCCGAUGUGGGGCUAGCGGUGCCAGAUUGCAAAGGCUGGGGAGAGGCCCAGGACCGGCAGAGGGGUCAGCUCUGGUUCGGUGGCAUUCACAGGCAGAAGUCUGGAAAUGGCAGAAGACCGUAACAUGGCUCAGACCAGUAGGGUGUGGGGCUGUGGCCUGAAACGCCCGGCAAGGCGAGCCACUGGGGAAGGCUGUGUGAGGCGUGAAGGCGCGUCUGUCCUCCAGGUCACGGGCCUACGGGCAAGGCCUUUAGAUGCAGAAGGUCACAGGCAAAGCACAUGUAUAUGGAGACUGAGGGAGUCCAAGGCCAGACGGGACCACUGUGAUCAUCAGGCUGACCCCCUGGAUAGCACAGGCCAGAGACCGGCCCUACGGUCAAUAAUGGGGCAGAUCUCGGAGAAAACCAGCCAGCUGUGAUUUAAACAUGGUCGGGGUGGAGAAUCUACCCCAGCCGUCGGUAAAUUGUUCCAAUGGCUAGUUACCCUCACUGGUAAAAAUGUACACCUCGCUCCCGGUCUGACUGUCUCCAGAUAGGAAGUGCACUUUGCCGAAAAAGAAGAAACUGUCCUCUUAGUAUUUGAAAUCACAGAGAAACCAGCAACGUUUCCGCUGGAGUGCACAGAAAUGGGACGGAGGCUAGUGCGGCGUGUAAGACGUUACCACGUUAGAUGUCUCUGCAGUUCAAACACACGCCACAAUUCAAGUCAGCGUGCACGUUUUCUCGUUUAUGUCCCACAACUAAAACAGAACUGAGGUUUGGCAGUUAGAGGGUAGCUUUGCUCUCUCACCGAUAGUGUCACGUUACAAGGGAGAGAUCUGAGACUGUCUCUCUCUGGCAAUUCUCACUCACCCUGCGGAGACCGGAUGGCUGCAGGGGGGAGUGAGAAACCGGGCAGAGCAGAACAAGUGACGUAACGAAGUUGCUAGUUCUCAGUAGCACUUCAAGUUAGGAGCUGAGUUUAAAUAAGACAACGCAGAACUGAACCAUUAAACAAGGAAUUGUUACAGAGCUCUCCCAACAGGCAGGGCAGCUUCUGAUUGUGGAAAAUACCCAGCAAGACAAUUGUGAGCUUGUGGUUAGUUCUUUAAACAACAGCAAAAUAGCUGCAGUAAGUUGGUCCCUGUUAGCUCAGCCUUAUCCCACCAAACAUGCAAAUGUUAUUUCUGUGCAAUUACAGUGCUCUCCCGGUGAGAAACAAACACGGGGAUUUAGCCACCAGCACUUCGUUGCAGGGCGUUCCAUUUAACCCUGUAACUCCGUCCAGAUUCUUAGGAGAAGAUUUCAAUGCUUAAGGCUAUUUCAGGGCUCUAUCCCCCCCACGUUUAGAGUGAUUUUGCUUGGCAUUUCUUUGGAACCAGGAUAUUUUACUGGUAUCUGUGGAUGUUGUUAAGUUUAAGAAUUUCAAUGCAAAGAUCCAAGACAUUUCUGGGACACAAAUCUGAACUAGGAGGGAGAUCAGGGUUCUGGAAGAUGUGUGCUUUACAGGGCCAAAGUCUGGCUUCCUUCAAAGCACAGAAAUUCCCUGUGGAACCGUCGCAGUGAGCACGGCCUGUUCAAUCGUCCCGUCCUUUGGUGCAAAGGGGGAUGGUUCUCUCCCCUUCCUUUUGGUGUCCAGAGUCUCCUGGCGUGAUGGUGGGGAUGGGGAUUUAUUAUUGUAUUUUUACGUAGCUAGGUUUGGCUUGUCAGACAAGCACUUUCUUUCCUCGGGUUGUGUGUAUUUGGGACUUCGGACCUCUAAGGUUCCAAAACCCAGGUUCUUGUCCAUAAAGGACUUUUAGUUAAAAGAGACUCCCUCUCGGGAGAGCAAAGUUCCUGACCUUUGCGUGCGUAGGAGGGCUCUUCCCCAGUCGGGAGCGAGAUGCCCGGGCUUUCCAGACCUCAGGGGCUUUAGAUGAAGGCUGCUCUCGGGGGAAGAGAGUCGGGUCUCUUCGCGGACAGAUCCAACAAACUGGGAUUUUGCAACAUUUUGUAUAUAGUUCUUUUCCUAUUCAGUUAUAUUGAGGGGCUAGCUCGGUUCCAAAAACCGAUCAGUUUAUUGUGUCCAUCAUCAGCCAUUGGGCAGGCCCGGAUUUUGGGGUAGAUUCAGUUGCAAAUUGUAAAUUUGUCCAACAGUGUCACUGAGUGUUUCUUACGCAUCCAGCUGGCCUGCUGGAUCCAGAAAUAGCCACCUCUCCAGGGCGUCCAGCCUCCCUGGGAAUUCCUCAGGGGCUUCUUCAGCACCGUUGAUUCAAAUGUACACUGACCGAGUCGUUGAAAUGUCGUUUGGCUCGACGUUCUGUUGUUACUUCCUGGGCCAUUUCAGCAUAGAAAGAAAGCUUCUGCUGUAACUUGGUAAUUAUUUUCUGGGAGUUUUGCUACAUUGCAGAGUUUCAUGGUUUGUUCUUUUUUCUGCUGGUUCUUAACUUUAAUUUGAGGACAGUUCAUUCCAUCUUUCUCUUACGAAUAAGAAGUUUUUCCCAAUUUGAUUCUAAUUUUAAACAACUUCUAGGUUUAUUAUCAAAAAAAUCUCCUAAUUCCCAGUAACUACAAUAUUCUGGCUAUCCCAGGCAUUAUCCUAAGUAACUUAAAACAUUACUAAAAUAAGCAAAAAUUCUAUUUCUAACUCAUAAUAUGGUGUAAUAUCACAUGUAUAAUGAAAAUAACAAUUCCUGUAUAGACCAUCUCUAGAUCAGUAGUGUGUAAAGACACACUUCCACAGUAAUUCUCAUACUAAAACCAAAAACUGUUUCUAAGCUAAUAAAAAAAACUAAUUACAAACCAAAAUUGUAACAAAUGUAGUUAUAUGUAUUGAGGCAAAUUGUAGGAUUUUGUUACAAAAAAAGAAUUGAGAGUUGUUACCUUGAGAAUUAAAUUCUAAUUUAAAUCUGGGAACCUUGGUGUGAACUUGGACAUUAAUUCACUCCUUGGCGUACAUCUCAAAGCGUUUACAUUACAAGAAGGGCCCCAGUGUCUGGUUUAGUGUAGAGAUGAGAGAUCUCCCCAGCACAAAGGGAGUCUGGUGUAAUGGCUGUGACCUCACCUCUCCUGGACAGUGGUGCCUCAUACGGCCGAGUCUUAGCUACUAGGAGUGUGUUUAAUGCGACACAAGACUUACACUAUGGCCUUCGUUUGUAAAUUUCCAUGCAACUUUUCAGAGAACCAUGAACAUAGUUGGUUUAAAAUGAAACCUGACGGGAGCCCGUGAUCAAAUUACAUCUUAUGCCCGAUUUGGUCGAUGCUUUAGCCCAGGAUCGUGGUUUCCGCGUAGGAGCUGUCCAAGCACACGGACAAGGGUGGGUGAGUAAAUGACUCUCUUGAAUACUGGAGCGUGGGGUGUCCGUUUGCCAUCUGGUCUCACUGCUGUAUGCUGCCUUCAGACGGAAGUGAUUCAAUCCCUGGCUCCAGAGGGUCUCUGGCUCAGGAAGGAGGAGGGGAAAGGCAGUUACACAGUCUUUAGGACAGUGCAGGUUCAGGGAAAGGUGAUUCUGCCCUUUAGCAUGGUCUGGGCCUGGUUUCACGCCAGCUGGUCCAUUAGACCAUUGCUGUAGGGCUGCUAAUUAAAGGAAUAUCAACACUGGGUAUUCAGGGGUCAGAUUUAACCCUCUAGGCCUGACAAGGAGAAAAACCAGCUGUUAGCUGACUGGGGCAGGCGAGAGGAGCGGUUGGGGUGGGGGGGGCUGGAACCCAGACACUGGUGGGUCAGGGGUGCCUGUGGGAAUCAAUGCACAGCCCCACGGAGGAGGGCUGGGGGAUCCCUUACCGGGGGAUGGUGCUAUGGGAGCAGGGCAGGAGGUGGCCCGUGGGAAAGACUCCGUGGAGAGGCCAGGGGCUGCGGGGGCACAGACAGGGCUCCCUGGCUCAGAGGGGCCUGGGAACCCAGAGCUAGGGGGGAGUUGGGAACCCCAAGAGGGAAGGGUCUAGGCUGGAAGGGCCAAUGGAGUACUCAGCAGCGAAUGCCUUACUGGGGGAACUAGCACGGGACUGAGAGCAAGGUGCCAGCAGGGCCGCGCUGUGCCACAGGCCCAUCUACCCCGGUAUCCCGUCUCUGCUAGUGGCCAAUGCCAGCUGCUCCAGGUGUAUGAUGCCCCCUUGUGGACAAUUGUGGAAUAACCUGUUUCUGGGGGUCAGUUUUUUAAAAAAACACUCGGGGUUGGAUGCUCUCCUUAGCCAUAGGAGCGUCCAGUCCUGCUAAGCUCUUUAUGUCAGCUGCAUCUUGUGGCAAUGAGUUCCACAGGCCAAUUGUGCACUGCAUUGAAACAACAGCCUUUCCCUGGUGUUUGAUGGCCUGCUGUCAGUGACUCUUGAUAACCUAGUGCAACUACCGGUGGGUCUGGGUUUGGGCUGCAAAUGCACAGAACCGGAUCCCUGACUGAGUUACCCCUGGUAACCCCUUGAGCUUCAUCCGUAAUGCGCCCUGGAGUUCUCUUGUUUGACCCCCCGCCGACAGAUCCUUCACCCCGGGAUUAACUCCAUGGCUGAAUUGCUUCUGCCUGCCACCAGGAGUCAGUAAUGAGCCCAGGGUGGGUGGAACCCGGGUCCAGGCAAGCCACUGAAAUGACUUUGUAGCAGUGUGUUUCUGGCACACGAACUUAGCCCGAAGGCGGGCGGGGAAUAGGAUCAGGUCAUAACCUCAGGAGACUCAGGUUCUAUUCCCAGCCCUGCCACUGGGUGAAUGUGGACAAGGCAUUUGCCAUCUCUGUGCCUCAGUGUCCCCUGCCGCAGUUACUGUCCUGUCUGUGUACAUUGCCAGCUCCUUGGGGUAGGGCCUGUCUAUCCAGCGCCUGGCACUGGGGCCCUGGGCUGGGACUGGCUGGCAGGCACUAUUGUAAUGCACAGGAUGGAGGUUUCUGCAAUGUUAUCUACAGACGUUAUCUACAGAACCCGUCUGCUAGUUACAGGCGAGAGUCCGAAGCCUGUACCCUGAAAAUAAAGGCUUGUUUCAUCGCCA